CCGCUCGCGUAUAACCGCGUAUAGCGUGUCAGUUUUCUUCAGCUGCGCGCGCGCGCGAGUGGAAAGGAAACGCGGCGGUGGUGCGCGGCGGAGGGAAAAAAAGCCGUACACACGUCGCUCUCCGCCACAGCGGCGUUCGUUCUCUCCCUACUACUUACUCACUCCGUAGCGGUAGCAUACCUACGAGAAGCACACAUACGUGCGUACGCCAGCAGCAGUCCCUUUAUCGCUGGCGGGCCGAGACGAUGACUGGUGCCACCUUAGCGUGAUUCACUGCCUCGGCAUCCUGGCUUCUCUCGCUUCUCAGUGCGUUUAACCUCAACGGACUCUCCACUUCAGUGCAUCUCGCUCUGUCCCUCAGUCAGUGCUCUUGUGUAUACGUGUGUGUUUGUGUGCAUAGUGCGCCGACCUCGGCUCCGGGGAGAGGCCAGACGGGAAGAUGCGGCCCCAGUCGGCCGGACCACCGAUGGAUACCCCAAACGAGGCAUCAGACGGAAGAUGAAAAAUGAGUCGAGGGUUCGAUAGUAUGGCCUCCAACACCGACAAUUCAGCAUCGAUGGACGACCCUAACGAUGCAGACAGCAUGAGCAAAGAGAUCCUGGGCACGCUGGACGGCUCCGACCAGCCGAGCCCGAACCUUCACCACCACCAGCAACAGCACCGGGUGCCGCCAACGUACGUCUACAGCACGGAGCAGAGCGGCCGCAGCAAUGGCCACUACUACCACCACGAGGACGACGAGGACUCGGGCGGUGGUCAGAUGGAUCACCACCACCUCGGCCACCGGCCCGGCGGUCACCAUCAUCGACAGCAGGCCACAGAGGACCAGCUCGGCCCGCUGCCCGUCAACUGGGAGAAAGCCUACACCGAUUCCGGAGAGGUUUACUUCAUCGACCACAACACGGGCACGUCCCACUGGCUGGACCCUCGGCUCUCCAAGUUCCAGAAGCGCUCGCUCGAGGAGUGCCUCGACGACGAGCUGCCAUACGGUUGGGAGAAGAUCGACGACAACAUCUACGGCACCUACUUCAUCGACCACGUGAACAGGCGCACCCAGUACGAGAACCCGGUGCUCCAGGCGAAACGAGCCCAGCAAAGCCUCAACGCGAUGAGUGAGCGGAACAAAAAUCCGCACUUCACGAGGAAUCCGGACGAACUCACGGGCCAGCGGAUAUACACGACCCUGGUGAAGAGCUCGCGAGGCUUGGGAUUCACGAUAGUAGGCGGCGACGACAGCGUCCAGGAGUUUCUGCAGAUCAAGAGCGUCGUGCCCAAUGGACCUGCUUGGUUCGACGGAAAGCUCCGCACGGGUGACGUGCUGGUCUACGUAAACGACACGUGUGUACUGGGUUUUACGCACAACGAAAUGGUCAACGUUUUUAAAUCGAUUGCCAGCGGCGAGACCGUCUCGCUAGAUGUCUGCCGAGGCUAUCCGUUGCCCUUCGAUCCGAACGAUCCCAAUACGGAAGUCGUUACUACUAAUGCCAUCAAUGCACCAGACAUUCUAACGGAAGAACCGAGUUUGUAUAUGGACCUUGAGCGCUCGGGCUUGCGCGGCGGCGAACGCUUUGACUUCCUCGACUCGGCUUCGUUUCUGCCGGUGCACGCAUCCCAACAGAACGGCGAGAACCUUACGACCACCGCCUCCGUGAAUUCAAUGCCAGAUCUCUGUAUCUCGGAAAAGCUUGGAGAAUCUAUUAACGCUAUCAAGAGGCCGAGCAGCACCGACAUAUUGCUCUCCGACAGCCUCGACCAUCCCACACAUUCUCACGACGACACACACUCACCGGUACCGUCAAAGCCUCCGGAGUUCCUGACCAUUCCGAUAGUAAAAGGUAUUACAGGGUUUGGCUUCACGAUAGCGGACUCGGCGCACGGCCAGAAAGUCAAGAAAAUCCUUGAUCGAGAGCGCUGUAAGAACCUCAUGGAAUCCGACAUUCUUGUGAACAUCAACGAAGUCAACGUCCGCAACAUGUGUCAUGCCGAAGUAGUCCAGGUAUUAAAAGACUGUCAACGCGAUCAGGAAGCCUUGAUCUACGUGCAGCGCUCGGCCAGCAAGUCGCAAUCGGCGCUUCAGGACAAGGACUGUCUGGUGAAGGAGCCAAAGGAGAAAGGCCCGCUCGACUUCUUCCGCAGCAAGACGCCCACCGCCGAUAUAUACAGCACACAGACCAAGACCAUUGUACCACAACGACCGAAAACGCCCCUCAUCGACACCCGCAACAAGUCCAGGGCCUCGCCGUUGCCACCUCAGAAGCAACAACAGCAGAUGUCUGUUGUGGAUCAUCAAAAUGAGCUGCAAAACGCAUUAGACAAUAGGUACAAGUAUCCCAAUCAAGACUACGCGCAUGGAAUAUAUGGCUACACGGAGAUGCCCUACAAGCCCAACAUUUCACACAUCAACGACAAUUUUGCCACGAUGAAUCUCUCUGCUCGAAAACGUUAUUAUGUACCAAUUUCUUCUCUGCGUAAUUUUAUUAACGUCAGGACAUGUCAGUUUAUUAAUUAUUCAGACGGCCUGGAGGUAGAGGAAUCUCUGCGAGAUGCGAUGAAGCGCGAGGAGUGGCUCGCAGCCAACAACGACAAGCUCAACUACAGUAGCGAGGUCUACUCGAUCGACAUAGCUCAGCAGCGUCACCCAAAACAAAACGGCGUCGUGAUGCAUCACCAUGGCAUGGCCGAGUACUAUAAGGACAUCUAUGCGGUACAGUCACCGGCGCAUUCACAGUUCGAGGGUGACCAGGGUGACUACAGUUCGUAUGCGGCAAUGAUCGGCCAGGAGCAGAAUGUCGAUACCGGAGAAAUCUGGGACAAGCAGAAGGAGACGACAAGCUUUGAGCACGAACAGCCUCACUCCAGUUCCAUCAUGCCGAGAUAUGGGAUUUACGGAGGUGACGCUGGAAACGAACUGAUCUGCCCAUCGAUCCCCGACAUCGAGUGGAUCGAGACUCUUGUAAGUCUUGUUAGGCAAGACAACGGCUUCGGCUUUCGAAUAGUCGGUGGUACGGAGGAAGGAUCUCAGCAGGUGUCUGUAGGGCACAUAGUGCCAGGCGGUGCGGCGGAUGUGGACAACCGUCUGAAUACGGGUGAUCUUAUCAUGUCCGUGGACGGUGAGAGUGUGUUGAAUUCGUCGCACCAUCGUGUGGUUCAACUAAUGAUCGCUGCUGCUGAAAACGGCAGAGUUACCCUCGGCAUUCGCCGUCGUAUUAAUGCCCAUAAUCAUCAUCAUCAUCAAAAUCAUCAUCACAGCAUGCGUGAGAACUUGCAGUCGUCCUCUUCGUCGUCCUAUGGAUGCCGACCCAUUGGACACGUACAAUAUCCUUACGAGGUAACCGUUACGCGAAUGGAGAACGAAGGUUUCGGUUUCGUUAUUAUCUCGUCGGUGAACAAAGCUGGUUCCACAAUCGGCAGGAUAAUCGAAGGCUCGCCAGCCGAGAGAUGCGGUAGACUGAAUGUUGGCGACCACAUACAAGCAGUAAACCACGUGGACAUCACAAACGCUUGUCACAAGGACAUCGUCAAUCUCAUCAAGGACUCAGGCUACUCUGUCACACUCACCAUAGGCUACCCCUUGGAUGACUGCUACAGUAAUGCUUCGUUGUCUCAGAAGGAUGAGAUUAUGACGGGUGACGGAGAUGGCGAACAGUAUCACGCCGUUGAGCUGACCAGAGGCACGCGAGGUUUUGGAUUCAGUAUCCGUGGUGGUCGAGAAUUCCAGAAUAUGCCGCUCUUUGUACUACAGAUCGCGGAAAAUGGUCCGGCUUUCAUUGACAACAGACUAAGAGUGGGUGAUCAAAUCAUAGAAAUCAACGGUAAAAAUACCCAAAACAUGACUCAUACAGAAGCUAUCGAAAUCAUCCGAAAUGGGGGACCGACGGUUCGGCUGCUGGUGCAACGAGGCUGCCAGAUGCCGUCAGUGAAUUAUAUCAGGCUCGGCGAAACGAGCGAUCGUGUGGACGGCGCUAGUCGCACGCCCGGAAUACCGACGAACGAGAAGCGAUCGAAAAAAAGCAAUCGACUAUCCCUGUCGCUAGACUGCUGCUGCUCAUCGAGAAGUGGCCGGACGUGAGAGUCGCAACGGCAUCAAAUUUACAUGAGCUGCAUUUACGUAAUUUUUAAUAACUGAUCCAAGGGCUGUGAAAGUUUUGUGGCGAAGCGCGCUGAUAGAAACGAUUUUCCCGACUCUUCCAAGUCUUUUCAAGCUUUUUUUGUACUCGAAUUUGAUGUUUUAGUAUUAAUGUAAUUGUGUGUUGCUACGUAUAAUGAAUUUAAAUUUGGGAUUAACGAAUACUCUGUGUAGAUAAAAAAAUGAAAAUUCUGCCUUUGAAUAUGAAAAGACUGUCGGUACAAAUGGCGCUUUCACAUGUCCUUAUGCGAGUCACUGAUCUUUCCGUAAUGAUAUGUUCUAAAAAUAAAAAAUUAAAAUUAAGUUCAGUUAAAACUAGAAAUUUUAGUGACUCGAAGAAUAAAACUCGAAAAGACUUUUGCGAAUUUAUGUAAGCCGAAACUUAACGUAUAUGUAUACUUAUACAAAUGUAAGAAUAAUUUGUUGAUGCAUUUAAGAGAGGAGCUGCGCUUGAAUGAGUGAUAGAUUUAUUCGUAUGCAAAGUAAAAUUGAUUGAUAUCACCACAAAACAAACUUUUAGUGUUUACGGAAUCAGAAUUUCGCAGCUUCUCCAUCUUUUGUAAAUUAAGUUUAAGUGUGAGCAUUGGGAAUUGCAACAUUCAAGAUUAUUGAAGUUGAAACGCAGUAAAAAAUAAGAAUUUGUUCAGCUCUGACAUCGCCAAAGAACGCAUUCUAUACAUACUCUAGACCAGCGGAUAGCCCCGCGCGUUAAAAGAGCUUGCGAUAGUCAAUGAGAUUAGAAAAAAUGAAUGAUUAAAAUUAAGAUGCCAGGGAACAUUGUUGAUCUUUCUUAUACACAAGAUUUUCUAUUUUUAUACAAGUAGCUAAACGUCGACGAGCUUACAGCUGAAAGUUGCAGCUGCAAACAUAAUCACGAUUAACGCGAAGCGCGAAAUGUAUUUUUCGACUUUGAUAAUCGGAAGUAUCGUUUCUUUCUCCUUACGAGUAUGAGCGUCUAAAAAACAUAACGAUUCGACAAGUUUACACUGUACCGUUAUCUUUCUAUAAUUAACCUUGACGAUAUCCACUGAUGUACGCCGAAAUAUUUUUUAUAAAAAAAAUCCUUAUGUAACGAAUAAAUGUAAAUAAAUUACAUCAUUGUGUAACAAACUAUUGUAAAAUGCUUUGUGGUAUCAAUAAAAUGAAGCAUUUAAUUUAAUGAAAAUUACAAAUAUAUAUAAGUUGAAAUUUA